CCCGGCCUGACGAUGAGGUGAGUGAAGAAUGAAGAACCAGACCCCGGUGGUGGAAUUCAUCAUCUUCGGACUCUCCAGCAACCACCACGUCAACGCCAUCCUCUUCGUGGUGCUAUCGCUCGUCUUCUUCUUCACGGUGGUGGGGAACGUCGCCGUGGUCACCCUCUCCUUGGUGGACCAUCGCCUGCAAACGCCCAUGUAUUUCUUCCUCCGCAACUUCUCCCUCUUGGAAAUCUGCUUCAGCUUCGUCAUCCUGCCCCGGUUCCUCUACAGCCUCCUGACGGAGAGAAAAUCUAUUUCUGUCCCCGGCUGUUUCCUUCAGCUCUUGCUCUUCUUUCUCCUGGGCGCCUGCAUAUUUUUCCAUGUGGGGAUGAUGUCCUUCGACCGCUACGUGGCCAUCUGCCGCCCCUUGCGUUACGGCACCAUCAUGAACGGCAGGGUCUGCUCCCAGUUGGUGCUGGGCUGCUGGGUGACCAGUUUUUGUAUAAUGUUCCCCCCAGCGUUCAUGGCCGUGCUGGUGCCGUUCUGUGGCCCCAACGUCAUAGACCACUUCUACUGCGACACGGCCGCCCUGCUCCAGCUGGCCUGCGCGGACACGGCGCACAUCGAGGUCAUGCUCUUGGUCUCCACUUCCGUUCUCAUUCUUGGAAAUUUCAUCGUCACCAUCGUUUCCUACGGCUGCAUCAUCACCACGAUCCUGCGCAUCCCUUCCGCGUCGGGCCGCAAAAAGGCCUUUUCCACCUGCUCCGCUCACCUCCUGGUGGUGGUCAUCCUGUACAGUAGCUCCAUCUUCCGCUACGUCCGACGAAGCCAGCGGGGCGCAGAAGAAUUCGACAAAUUUGUGGCCUUUUUCUUCUCCGUGGUGGCCCAGCUCUUCAACCCCUACAUCUACGCCCUCCGGAACGCACAGGUCAAACAAGCGCUGAAGGACGUUUGCACGAGGGCGUUUUCCACGUGCGCCAGGCACGCGUGACAAUCCCCACCCAUGACGUGAAGAGAUCUUGGUUGGUCAUUGAGUUCGUGCCAGGCAUCCCAGUGGGUCCUGAGCGGCACAUUGGUGUGAAUGUUUCGCCCCAUAUCUGGAUGCAUAGGCCAGAACAGACUUUUAGAUCAUCAAGCAGCAAUGGGCUCAGGUUGCAGUGGGGGAGGGCUAGGUGGGA